AUGCAUAUCUUGUGGGUCUUUGUGGCCACUUGCCUGGUGCGCCAGAGCGGGGCGUUCCUGCCAAGCAACGCCGGUGUUUCGCUACCAGUGACCGACUACACCCUCACGGACAUCACGGUGCAGGGUAUCGUGCGUGCCGUGGCGAGGUACUUCGAAGAUACCAAUCCGGAUCGGUACCGUAAGGGCGAUCUUACGGGACUCAAUCCCUUGACUCCUUCGCGGUUGUUUCUGAGGCACUACGGAGAUUGUGUAUACUCCACCAAAUUUGAACGAGUCAUCAAAGCCAUACUGAAUGCGAACAUUCAGAUAUCUAACAAAUACUCGCACAGGGCAGUCUGGCACUUUAACGGAAACCAAAUUGACAAUGGUAACCGCAAGAUGAUGGGCAUCCAGGACACCUUGCUGACCCUCCUUCUGGCGGGAGACGAGAGCACGCCUGACUACGAUGUGGCGCGCCAGUACUGUGGCCAGUUCCUGCACAUGGCUCAGAGCUUCUACUCCAACACCAACUGGAUCGAGCUGCACCGAUGGCUUAACGAGAAUCCCGAUGAAAUCUUCACCUCCAGUGAACUAGGUAUACAUGAUCCGCUGUCUUUGCGCCAAAGCCCUGAAAGCGAAGGCAUGUGUCGAAACUGUGCCGGAAACAUUACACGUCCCGAACUGCAAGAUUGCUCUAACAAUCUUCGCCCCUAUGUUCACUACCUUACCAGCGGCUACAGAAGCGGGCAGGAUGUGACAAAGCCAGCUGCCGACCCAGAAAGACUUGGGGCGUGUUCCCAUGGUGGUCUCUACGACACGUCCUGGACCGAGGUCGCCACCGGAGGCAUCAACAAGGAAUCCUCGGAUCCACGCCAAUCUCCGCACUACACCCUCCACAAACAGGCCGCGCUGACGGCAAUACGAGCCACCGAGGACUUCUUCUUCCACCCAGAAACUGGUCUGUACAGGCUCAUUGGCGAGCAGAAAUUCCGCAAGCUGCUGAACCUGGACGCAGGCACUUCGCUGACUUUCGUAAUUGACGUUUCGGGAAGUAUGUCCGAUGACGUCGCUGCCGUGAAAGAGGAGACGAUCCGCCUCGUGGGAUUGCACGGAGAAACCUGCCUGGCGGCCUCCAAGUACGUCGUCGCACCGUUUAACGAUCCAGAUUACGGACCGGUCUUUGUAACCACUGAUGCUCAGAGGUGUGUGGAGUACAUCAACGAGCUAACUGCCAACGGCGGUGGUGACUGUCCGGAGUUGGCGAACAGCGGCUUGGAACUUGGUGUCCAGAACAGUAUCAAUGGAGCCAAUGUGUACGUGUUCACAGACGCCACCGAUAAGGACAGCGAGAAGGUGCCGGAUGUCUUGGCUCUAAUUGAGCAGAAGGAGGUCCGUGUCAUCUAUCUCUUAACCGGUACUUGCUCCUCCAGACGACGCAAACGAGCGAUUGAUAUAUCGAGUGUGUCGCCGUCCUAUGUAAGUAUCGCCGCCGCAUCAGGCGGGGAGAUUUACCGGACAGACAAGAGUGGGAUCCGCGAACUGACACAAAUUAUAGAAGGCGACAUCCGAGCCUCUCAGGUGAAAAUAAUCCAGAGGACUUCAAGGGGCCAUAGUGCUUUGGAUGUGGACAUACCCGUCGAUUCCACCAUGAGGGAGCUCCUGGUGUCUGUUGUCGGGUCGCUGUCGAGUAACACCGUGAUCAUCAUGAAACCCAAUGGUAUGGAAGGUACCCCGAGCGAGAUGGGGGCAAACGUUUACACCAGUUCGGACGUACAGCUCGUGUUCAGCAUCAACGUUACCGAGCCGAACGCCAAGGGCAACUGGCUGCUAAAACUACGAGGAUUGGAUUUGUCAACGGAGUACAGCGUCAAAGUGUCAGCAAACAGCCAUCUGGAUUUCACCUUCGAUAUUCUGGAAACGGACGCAACAGGCACUGCGUUUCCCAUAGACGGGAAACCAGUUGGGGGAGCUGAGGUGUUGCUCAUGAUCCAAGUGUCAGCUCCGGACACCGCGUCCUCCGUCAGCGAGAUACGACUGCACAACUCCGCGGGUGACGCAACGCUCCUGACGGCGAGUGCUGAGCCAGUGACCGGUAGGACGGAAGGGAUAUUCACGGCGAGUCUUAUUCUCCCCACUGAGCCUUUUUUUGUCAGCAUUGUCGGACGGGACACUCAGGGCAGGGAAUUUCUCCGCACCCAGCCGUCUGAGAUCACAGUCGUGAAAUUCAAACUGGAGCAACUUCCCAGUAACAACACUAUAGAGGACCUUGUCCCUGGAGGUAACGGGACUUUUGGCUUCCGAGUCACCAACGAUGGCCCGGCGGACACGCUGAACAUUUCCGUGUCGGUGCUGAACAGGACGUUGUCGUCAGCCGUCACGGGCUCGUUGGUCACCGCCCAGGUGUCACCGACCAGUAUGGUGCUUGCUACGGGGCAGACCAGGGAGGGACUGGUGACAGUCACCGCUACCCGGGACGUACCUGCUGGCACACCCGUCAAAGUGACACUUUUUGUCACGAGCUCGCUGUCUUCGUCCCGUAAUUUCCUGUUCAUUGAAGCCACAGUGUUUGCAGUACAGGAUGAAGUAGAUGAAAAUCCAGACAAAAACGAUCACAUUGCGCCGACCUGCAGCAUUCUAAGUUCUGGCGGUGGCUGCACGGUGGAUCAGAUGGGACGUGACUGCCAACAGCACACAUGGUGGGUGCGCGCCCGUGCCAUGGACGACGCCAUCGUGACUGAGGUAGUGCUGGACCCUGAGAUCGAGAGCGGCGGUACAGGCAAACAGUCUCUCGUCUAUGAGAACUUUACAGCUGACGAUGUGACCUUCCUGUACAGUGCCAGCUGUUGUUGUCCUAUGGUCCAAUUCACCGUCCGUGAUGGGGCCAGCAACAAUGUUUCGUGUGGGGUGGAUCACUACACCAAGAUAUCUGGACAAAUAGAUGAACCUGUCAGCAACGGACUGAUGCACAUCCCUCUUGGUCUGAGUACCUGCAUGAUCGGCGUUAUAGCUGCAGCGGUCAUCGUUGCGACGUUGAUCAUAGCGGGCGUCCUCAGGUCUAGAGCCUAUAUAUAG